AUGGCACGCACCGUUGGUGUAGCUCGGGUGCUCUCGCUUCCAUGCCGUCCCACGCCGAAAACGUUCCGUAUGGGCGUUAUGGCUAACACGAAAGUCUCGGCUUCCUUCAGCUCCGGACCUGCUGUCCAGCAAUCAGCAACUUCCGGUCCAACGAGGGCCACGGCAGCUAUACAAGCUUUCCGACAACAACAAAACCCCAGUGUUCCUCGAUUUCCGCUCUCGUUGAUGCGCCCACGUGCCCUAUAUUCCACGUCCACGUCCUCAUCCUCCCAAACCCCCAAGUUCGUCUACAACAUCGCAGCAUCAUACAUUGCGAAGGGCCGCCCUUACGACCCCUCGACCCACGUUUUCCAGUUCAACCCUUAUAAUCGCGUGCAACCACCGAAAGCCGGCCGGGGGAAGGCCUCGCGGCCCGAGUCAGGACAGGAUGCUUUCUUCGUCAGCCGUCUCGGGGCGGUCCCUGGCGAAGUCGCGCUCGGCGUAGCAGAUGGUGUGGGCGGGUGGAUGGAUAGUGGAGUUGACCCGGCCGACUUUUCUCACGCGUUCUGCGACUACAUGGCGUCCUCGGCCGUCGCGGCGACAACCACACCGGAAGGAAGUGGGAAGCCAUUAACGGCACGGCAGCUGAUGCAGAAGGGGUACGAAGCGGUUUGCCACGACCCGGCGAUCAAAGCCGGCGGCAGCACCGCCAUCGUCGGGCUGCUCACAGCAGAGGGACUCCUUGAGGUAGCCAAUUUGGGCGACAGCGGCUUCAUCCUGCUCCGGCUCAACGGGGUUCACGCGUGCAGCGAGCCCCAAACGCACGCCUUCAACACCCCCUAUCAGUUGAGCGUGGUACCGCCGAGCAUGCUCCUACGGGCCGCCAAGUUUGGCGGGGCGCAGCUCAUGGACCAGCCGCGCGACGCCGAGGUGUCACGCAUUGGUCUCCGCCACGGGGACGUACUUGUGCUCGCGAGCGACGGCCUCUGGGAUAACCUCUUCAACCAGGACGUACUGCGCAUCGUUAGCCGCACGAUGGCACAGGCGGGCGCGUGGACGAGCACUGAGCGGGGCGUGCAGGUGGCGGCGGACCUAAGGCCAUUCACCUCGCUAGGCGAGACGGAUACCCCGGCAAGCUCCCACCCCACGCUGCAGAGCAUGCUAGCAACGCAACUCGUUAGCGCGGCCAAGUCUGCCAGCGUUAACAGGAAACUGGACGGCCCGUUUGCCAAGGAGGUGAAGAAGUACUACCCGCACGAGGUAUGGCACGGCGGGAAGGAGGACGACAUCUGCACCGUCGUGGUGUUGGUGUCGGAGGAGGAGUCGCCCACGAAGGCGAACUCUGAGCAUGACAACACACGCAUAGGCGCGCGACGGGCAGACAACCCAACCCGUGACCUUGACAUUGGUGUCACAACGGAGGGGCUUCAAAAACCAACGGCCACCUCCCGAGCCAUUCCAAGUGUCGCCGAGUGUUGA